GAAACCCUUUCCUUGCUUAUACGAUCCCAAUCUUGUUCGGUGGGGCCUUCAUCUCCUUCUUGAGCCACCUUUGAACUCCGCCUAUUGUGCAACCUCCAGUCACGACAGCACGAACGAUAGCGGUUUGCAUUGUGCCGAUGAAAGUGAGUCAUGGGAAGCUCGUGAUUCUGUAGAAAAUGAUGAAGUUAUUGCUCGUGCUCUUCAGGAAGAACUUUCACAAAUUGCUAUGGCAGAAGCAUCUGGACCUUCACUUGUAACUGAAGAGCAGUUGCAGGAAUCUGUUCUUACUCAAAAUUGGUUGUCUUCUUCUACCACAGGAACUCUAGAAGAUUUAGAAAAUAUGGGAGCCUCUAUUUCAUGCUCAAUCUCCGAUGAAAAGUUAAAUUGUGGUGAAAAUUGCUUAUUAGAGCUUGCAGAUGACUCCUAUACUCUAGAUGGUGAAGUAUGCAAGAGACUGAAUCAUAUGACUUCUAUUCCUCAUGUUCCAAGGAUUAAUAAGGGGCUUCCUACAGUUGAUGAAGAAAUUUCAGAUCACCAAAGACUUACUGAGCGGCUAAGGUUGUAUGAUUUGGUUGAUCUAAAGGUUCAAGGGGAUGGUAACUGUCAGUUCCGAGCACUCGCUGAUCAAUUGUAUCGUAGUCCUGAACACCACAAGUUUGUGAGACAACAAGUUGUUGAUCAGCUUAGAUCUCAUCCUGAGAUCUACGAUGGAUAUGUACCUAUGUCAUAUGAUGAUUAUCUCAAGAAGAUGUCCAAGAAUGGGGAAUGGGGAGACCAUGUCACAUUGCAGGCUGCUGCUGAUUCAUAUGGUGUUAAAAUAUUUAUUCUAACAUCCUUCAAAGAUACCUGCUACAUUGAGAUUCUUCCUAGUGUUGAGAAGUCUAAACGAGUCAUAUGUUUAAGCUUUUGGGCUGAGGUGCACUACAACUCGAUCUAUCCUGAAGGAGAGUUGCCAGUUUUGGAGGGUAAGAAUAAGAAAAGGUGGUGGCACUUCGGGUUCUGAUACGCAUGAUGUUGCUCCGUGGUGGGAAGGUGCGAAGCUGAUUUAAGGAAGAGAAUUGCAUGAGCAAUCCCAAACUUGUUCUUUGUCCUCCGACACAUCCCUGUACAGACUAACACAUUCUUUAUGAACGUCAGUCAUAUGUUAACAUCUAUACGGUUGAUAUUUAAAGGAGUCAUUGAUCAUGACUGUGCAUCAUCUUCUGUUCUUUCUUCGUCCUGUAUUGGUUUCGGUACAAUUCAUCUGUUCUGUUUUCCCAAUACUGAGUAGUCGUUCAUCUUUUAUAUUAGAUCGAAUGAUGUAAAUCAAAACAGUUGUUUCUGUU